AUGGAAGUAUCGCGUGUCGCGUCGCUUUGGCGACUAUACUGCUCUGUUUCGUUGCUUAUGUUCGCGUUUGCGACCAGCUCAGUCACUAGUAGUACGGCAUUGCCAGCUUCACAAGAAGCAGGACAACUGGUCUACGAGCCCGAGAAUCAGAAUGUCGUCCGCCUAUCUUCUUCACCAGCCUUAUCCGUAUCCCAUGCCGAACCCUCCCAUACCUUGCUGAACGCCUCUCCAACCAGCACGGCCAGCUACUCGGUCGCCGAAACCAAUAUCCUCCAUGAUCUCCACUCUGCCCUCUCUACAAUGCAGGACCACUACUUCUCUGUAUGGCUCGGCAAGUACACAACAGCGAUAGACUGGACAGCUGCCGUCAUGUCCACUUACGUCUCGGCUACCCUAUCAUCGCUCUCCCACUCGCUUUCCUACACGAUGCCAGGCACGUUCGAUAGAAGCCGGAAACUAGACGUCGAGGCACAAAUGGUGGAGAACGAAAUCAACAAGUACUUUGCGCAGACCACAGCAUACUAUUUCGGCGAAGACGCCUUUGCAAUAAGAAUGCAGGCUUUCGAUGAUAUGUUGUGGGUGGUGUUGGGCUGGCUACAAGCGACAGAUUUCAUCGAGAGCCAUUCUGUUGGACACUAUACAACAAGCAAUAUUGGAGGGAAGAAAUGGCAUGCCAGUCAAUUCGUACCUGCUUUCGCACAUCGUGCGCGGAUUUUCUACGAGCUGGCUGAGAAGGGGUGGGACUGGAGGCUUUGUGGGGGUGGUAUGACAUGGAAUCCGCGUCUCCUACCGUACAAGAAUGCCAUUACGAACCAGCUCUUCAUCUCAGCGAGUAUCAGCAUGUACUUGCACUUUCCGGGUGACGACAACUGUUCGCCGUUUCUUUCGCAGCACGAUGAAUCAGAUCCACAUGAGAAGCAAUUGUACGAUGACUGCGAUGAUGGUCACCGCGGGCGGUACGAUCCUGUUUACCUUGCAAACGCAGUCAAUGCCUAUGAGUGGCUGAAGAACAUCGGUAUGAUGAACGAUCAGGGCCUUUACACUGAUGGGUUUCAUAUCGGAGGCUACCGCACAAAUCAUAGCAAGACGAUGUGCGACGAGCGAAACGAAAUGGUGUAUACCUACAACCAAGGUGUAGUCUUGUCUGGACUGCGCGGGUUAUGGGAGGCUUCGGGCAAGACCUCAUAUCUAGAAGAUGGUCAUGAGCUUAUCAGAAACGUCAUACGCGCCACGGGUUGGACGAAGUCUGGUCUUGGUUCCACCUCAUUCACCGCAAACUCGCGACAGCGUCACAGCCAGGGCCAGGAGAACGCAGAGAAAGCAUUGCCAACUGACUGGGCUGGCCUGGGUUUCGAUGGAAUCCUGACAGAACUGUGUGACCCCUCUGGGCGCUGUAGUCAAGAUGGCCAAACAUUCAAAGGCAUCUUCUUCCACCAUCUAACUUCCUUCUGCAAACCUCUUCCAUCCCGACCGACCAGACCGGGGAAAACCCACGCAGCGACUCGUGAAGCAGCCAUGCUGCAUGCGAAUAGCUGUAGAGAAUACACCGCUUGGGUCGUACACAAUGCCCAAGCCGCCCUCCGCACACGCGAUGAAGAAGGUAGAUUUGGAGCAUGGUGGGGCGCUCCAGAGACAUUGUUUCCACUCUCAUCGCAUCGCCGCAAAGAGACUGGUUUUCUUUCACAUCCUGUUCUCCCUGAGAACGCAACGGACUACCGUAACCUGCAUACGCACCCCGAUGAUGGCUUAUACAUGGAAGGCGAGCCCAAAGAGCCUUCCGAGUGGUUCGUCUUUGAUGAAAACGUCGAGAAUGAAAUCACAAAGAGCAGCGGAGGUGAUCUCAACGACCGUGGUCGUGGCCGCACAAUCGAGACUCAGGGCAGUGGUCUCGCAGUCGUGCGAGCGAUGUGGGAGUUCUUGCGCCGAGCAGAAGGAGCAGAUGGUUUUUUGGUGUGA